AGCUCUGUCAUUGAGGAUCAAAGCUCCUGCUCCUGCCUCUCCAUCCUCGCUGCAGCUGCUCCCUGCUCCCUGCACAGGCAGCUCUGGGAAGGGAUGGACGUGAGGAGCACCCUGAGCUACCUGUACUGGCUCUUCUGCCAGUUCGAGCUCAUCACCUGCAGUUACCUGAUGGAGCCCUGGGAGAAGCUGCUCUUCUACUCCUUCAACCUGGCCGUGCUGGGGCUGCUGCUCUACACCACCUAUGUCUGCCUGGCUUUCCACGCCAGCUCAGCCCUCCAGCUGCUCUGCAGCUGCCUGGGAAACCCACGGGAAAAUGCUCUAGCUGUGGUGAAGUAAAAGCUCACCCUGACUUUGGGAUCCAAGCUUUUCCUCAGCCCAGCUUUGUCCAGGAGCAGCAAACUCUGCUUGAUUCUCUCUUCGUGUUUUGCUCCAAUCAAUCCCUGUUUUUACCAUUUGAUUCUUCAUGAGCUUUCAGUUUUAAGGACCUGUUGGAAUUACAGAGCUGGGAUUGGGACAGGAAUAACCCUCCUGAAGAUUUUAUUAUUUCAGGGGAAAGGGACAACACCCCUGAAGAUUUUAUUAUUUCAGGACAAAAAAACAACCACCCUGAAGAUUUUAUUAUUUCAGGUGAAAGGAGCAACCCCUCUGAAGAUUUUAUUAUUUCAGGAAAAAGAAACAACACCCCUGAAGAUUUUAUUAUUUCAGGGGAAAGGAGCAACCCCCUUGAAGAUUUUAUUAUUUCAGAGGAAAGAAGUAACUCCCCUGAAGAUUUUCAUUCCAGAGAAAAGGAACAACUCCCCUGAAGAUUUUCUCAUUCCAGAGAAAAUGAACAACUCCCCUGAAGAUUUUAUCAUUCCAGGGAAAAGGAACAACCCUCCUGAAGAUUUUGUCAUUCCAGGGAAAGCUGCUUGGAUAAGGAAAGUUUUCAUCUGGAGAAAUGACACAGCAUGAAUUUGUUCUUGUCUGCCAGAAGAGAUGUGCACACAAAAAUCCUGGACCAGUGGGAGCUGCUUCCCUGAGCUCACUGUGUUUUUAUGGAAUGAUUUCAGGAUUUAUUCAUUCUCCUUGAUUGUUUUAUACA